AUGGGGCAGCCGGCGGAGGUCACGGUGAUGGAGCUGCCGAGCGCACACACCAUGCUGACCACGCUCGGGCUGGCGACGCUGUCUCCACGCUCGCUGCAGUGGGACGCACUCCGGCUCGACUCUGAGCUUGUUUCGAUGCUGAAGGACCAGCUUGGCCGCGCGGUUGCGUACGCGGGACGAGGCCUCGCGAUGCGCCUGCAGCCCGAGCUCGACGCCCUGCUCCGGCUCGCGGUGCUGCGGCUGUCUCUGGGGAAGGGAAACAGCACUCCGGGCGCCGCACUGCUCGGGAUGGAGCUGCGGACCGUGGCGGGCACUGCCCAGCAGAGCGCCCCCGCUCCCGACGCGCCCGCGCCCGAAUCAGGCAAAUCGGGAGCAAGCAUGUCACCACAGGAAGGCGUCCCGGGAGGCGGCAGCGCCUCCCGCGCCGCCAGCGCGGCCGCGGCCCCGGCCCCGGACGCGAGCAGCAACGUGGAGCGGCCCGAGGCACUGGACGCGGCCCGCCCGGACGGGGCGUCCCCGGGGUGGGGCGUGCCGCUCAGCCGGUCGCGGAAGGUGAUGUACGCGGUGCUCACCGUCGGCGUGCGGUACGGUUGGGCGCGGCUCGAGGACCUGUUGACGCGGCACGGGUUCCCGGAGGCGCCGGCGGGGUCGUGGAAGGCGGGCGUGUGGCGGACGCUGCGGUGGCUGGAGAGGGCCGUGCGGGUGCUGUCCGCGGUCAACUUCAUCGCGUUCCUGUACGAGGGCCGGUACCCGACCCUGGAGACCCGCCUGCUGCGGGCGCGCCUGAUGCCGACACGCAUCGGGGCGCCGCGGGCGAUCACGUUCCAGUUCCUGAACCGCCAGCUCGUGUGGGAGGAGCUGAGCGCGCUCGUCCUCGCGAUCCUCCCACUCAUCGACCCCGCCGCGAUCUCCAGGGGGUUCCACGUCGCGAUGGGCGCGAUCCGAGCGAGCCUCCGGCGCACGCGCACCAUCGCGGCCCCGCCGGAAGGGAGCGGCGACGCGGAGCAGGCCGGGGCGGCGCAGGCGGACGAGGAGCGGCCGAUCAACCCGCACUCGCAGUGCCCGGAGUGCGGGCUGAUGGACGUGACGGGUCUGCUGGCCGUGGCCGAGCCGUGCGGGCACGUGCACUGCUACUACUGCCUGCGCGGGGCGUGCGAGACGGACCCGAAGCACGAGUGCCGCGCGUGCGGGACGCGCAUCGAGCACAUCGCCGUGUAG